CCGUCACACAACUCGGUCACGAGCGAAGAGCUGAAAACAUUGGGAUUUUCUAUUUCUUUGGAUCGUCCGCCCAGCUUUCUACUAAAAAAUGCAACUCUCAAUUUGCACCCGAUGGAGCUGUUGCCUUGUCAACUCUGCUCUGCCAGCCCAAAUCAGCAUCCAAAGAAAUCAACUUACACGCUGAGAUCAACGAACAUGAUGUCAUCGCCUACUCUACCACCCGAGCUGCUUCUCCUCAUUGUUGAGGCUGUUAUGCCGCCAAACCCGCAUCUGCUCUUCCCCGCAUCAAACACCACGACUCGGACGCUGCUGGCGUUGACGAAGGUAUCGCGGGCGACACAUGCGCAAGCGACGCGGCUGCUGCGACAACGGUGCAUGUUCAUUGACUCGAGCCGGCGGCUAGCAAAUAUCCUGCUCUGCAUGCCGCGCCUGGUGCCAAGCCUGCCGCCUGUCCUUUCGUUGCAGCACAUCUCAGAGCUGUACAUAGCUCCAUUUAGGGAUACGCUGGAUGAUCUACCGACGGCGCAAUGGGUGCGAGAAUUGUUCUGCGAGGUGUCUGAGACGCUGCGGCGGCUGGUGGUGCAGAUGCCGUUUGCGAGCCUGGAUCCAAUGGAAGAUCACUUGAGCGUGCGGCAGACGCUGAGAGAUGGAUUUGAGAAACUCCACAAGCUGGAAGAGUUUACAUGCCUGGAGGAGUACCCCAUGCUCAGUGUUUCAAACUCGCAUACGGAUGUGUGGCGGCUGUGGCCAGAGCUCAAACGCAUGGUGUUAUUCGGUGCUCCUGUUGAUAGCCACUGGCUUUGGUGGGACAUUGCUACGCUGCCGAAAUUGGAGCAUGUGGUCUUGGCACGGCCAGUUCACCUGGAUGCAGUAAAUAUCAAGGAUGAAUAUUUUCACAAGCUGCCACCAGAAGAUGUGAGGUUGAAGAGGGAUAUCAAGAUUGUACUCAUGGAUUUGGCUUAUGAACUUGGCACAGUGAGAACGGAGAAGUGGCAGGAGAUUGAUCCGGAAGAAAAGAUGACGGUGGAAGCAUUCGAGGUGCCAUUAUCCUUUUACGUGGACGACUCGCCACUUGAGGUAGUGACACAGUGGGCAAGAAGGUCAGCGCUGGAUGGGAGCAUAUGGAAGUUGGGUGGGAAGAGAGUGGACCCGGAAGAUGUGGUGGUCGGAGAAAACAAGUAAAUACAGAGUGGUAGUAGAAGAUGUGAUGGAUGAGCAAGGUGAAUCAGCGAAGAAUAUUAAUUAAUAUCCAGUGGAUUUAUAUAUAUCUAUUUCCCACU